GUAGUGGAAGCAAGCUCAGAGCAAGUUUAACAAUUCCUAUCUUUGAGUCAGACACACACGGAGGGAUUUUUCUUUCAAAGCCAAACUGCUUCGGUGGAGUUCAGGGUAGAGCAUAUGGAGACAAACUACAGAGAAACACUGCAGGCAGACUUUGAUGCAUUUGAUAUAUCUGAAGAGCUCGGAUUUAUCCUUGAAGAGCCACUGACUCAGCUUCCAGAUUAUUAUCGGGUGUGGUUGGACUUGGCAAAUAACCUGACACAUUUGAUCGAGUCACGUAAACUGCGAGAUGUAGUUCAUAAGAUGCCAAUUUUGAGUCCCCAUCAUUUAAGUAACCAUCGGGAGCUCCGGCUGGCCCAUCUUGCCCUGGGGUUCAUCAGUAUGGGAUAUGUAUGGCAGGAGGGACAACAUGAGCCUGCACAGAUUCUUCCCAAAGCCCUGGCCUGGCCUUACUGGCUAAUAUCUCGCAGGCUCGGCCUUCCACCCAUUCUGACCUAUGCAGAUUCUGUUUUAGCCAACUGGAAAUUAAAAGAUCCCACAGGGGAUAUGGAAAUUGGGAACAUGGACUUAAUAUUUUCCUUUCCUGGAGGGGAGAGUUGCAGGGGAUUUUUUAUGGUGUCGUUGCUCGUGGAGAUGGCUGCCAGCUCAGGCAUAACGGGAUCCCUGGAGGUGAUGCACGCCAUGAAAAUCUCCGACCUAAUUGGCAUACAGAAAGGCCUAAUCAAAGUAACACAGUCUCUGAAGAAGAUGAAGGAAACAUUCCAACUCAUGCACAAUCAUGUGGAGGCAAACACAUUUCAUGGAACAUUGAGGAUUUUUGUCUCAGGGUGGCGAGAUAACCCCAUGCUUCCAAGAGGGCUCCUGUACGAAGGCGUUAGCAACGAGCCGGUUUUGCUGUCAGGUGGAAGUGCAGCGCAGAGCUCAGCCAUUCAGUGCUUUGAUGCUUUGCUAUGCAUUCAACAUGAGGACGAGACAGGAGCCUUCCUGACACGCAUGAGAGAUUACAUGCCCCCUGCACAUCGUCAGCUGAUUGAAACUCUGUCUGUCUGUCCAUCGCUACGAGAUUUCAUUACGACUUGCUCCGACUCUGACCUCUGCCAGGCCUACAACUCCUGCGUCUCUUCUCUGGUGGAUUUACGGAGCUAUCAUCUCAAAACCGUGGCCAAGUAUGUCACUGUGCCUGGUAACCGUGCCAGGGCCAUGGGCUGCCCUCUCAGAGGAGUGGGUACUGCCCUCAACACCACUGGAACUGGCGGCUCGAAUCUCAUGGUUUUCCUCAAGACUGUUCGUAACACCACCCAGAAAGCACUGAUCUUAGAAAGACCCACAACAUCAAGAGAAACAUAAAUUGGGAUAUUUAUACUGUCGUCUGCAGGGAUGUGUAAAACAUUUUUAUGAACUGUAUUUAUGAAAAUUUUACUAAAAGAUAUGUAUGUGUGUGAGCACAUUGCUCAACAAUGUGCAAUUAUUUUCAGGAAUUUUUAAACGUGACAGUAAUAUUUGUCAGUUCUUGCUUCAGUAAGCUCGUAUUGCAGCGCAACACGAGGACUUUCAGAACAUUAAACUAAACUGUAAUAACUGUACGGUUCUAAAAGAGGAACCAAACAGUUGGACUUCUCUUUUAGUAACCGCAAGCUGGACAGCCAGUUAGGUUAUGUUGUGUCGUCACUGUGGAAAGAGAGGGGGGGAGACACCAACAUUAAAACAGAAAUCAUUCAAAUAAAGCCUGUCAGCUUCACUGUUUGUGCUUGAUUUUAGCCGCCGUUUGUUUUUCCAAGCUAAUCCAGUCCAACGUACAUAAAAUAAACCUGAGGAAGAGAGAUAAUCAUUAAGCAUUGAUUUCAAAUCAAUUUUUUGUUAACUUUUCUUAAUAAAAACAUCAACAGUAUUUUUCUGUGAUCUGUGGUUAACUUGAAAAUAAUAUUUAUGAUCAAGUGAUGUGACAGAACAAACAUUGAGGAGUAAAACUUUGCCUUUGCCAUUGA